GUCCCUGUACAUUUCGCGUCGCACAAAUCUCUUUACGGCCGUUCACCAAGGAAUUUCAAGCUCCCUCCCUUCACAGAUCCCCUCUUCGAAAAUGUUUCUUAAAACUUCAAUUAUUUCCCUUAAAUCAUCUUUGAAUGUUAGAUUUUCAUCUUCAUUCAUUCCUUCGUCACUGAAAUCAGCCAAACGCACCACUACUAUUAAACACCUUUCUCAACUUGAUAAUUUCCUCCAUGUAAACUGCAAGUCGGGUAGCUUUUCUCUUGAUGAAGCUCUUGAUUCUUUCGAUUACAUGAUUCAUAUGGACCCCACUCCUGGUAUGUCAUCUUUCAGUAUUUUGUUUUCUGCACUUAUUAAGAAAAAAUAUUACGAUGAAUUCCUUGUGAUAUACACGAGGUUCGUUUCAGCUGGGUUGUUGCCUAAUUUGAUUACUUUGAACAUUGUUAUUAAUUGCUUAUGCAAAAUGGCCCGGGUUUCUGACGGUUUUGUGGUUUUUGGGAGUAUUUUUAGGAGGGGUUUUUACCCUGACGCUGUGACUUUGACUAGUCUGAUUAAUGGUCUUUGUAAGGAGGGCAAAAUUAAGAAGGCGAUUGAAUUGUUUAGAAAAAUGGUUUCUGUUGGAUGUAGGCCUGAUGUGGUUACAGUUGGGGGUUUGAUCACCGGCUUGUGUCGAACAGGUAAUGUCACUGUUGCCCUUCAGUUAUUUGAUGAAAUGAAUAAUGGGAAUGGUGAAUUUGGUGUCAUUUGCAAGCCUAAUGUUGUUUGCUAUGCUGCUAUUAUAGAUGGUCUUUGCAAAUAUGGGUUAGUAGACAAGGCGAAGAAACUGUUUUCAGAAAUGAAGUCCAAGGCUGUCAAUCCAGAUGUGAUUACUUACAACACUUUAAUUUAUGGAUUGUGUAAUACAUCUAAUUGGGAGGAGGCUAAAACUUUAUUUGCAGAAAUGUCGGAUGAAGGUGUAAAGCCUAAUGAGGUGACAUUUACUGUGGUUAUGGAUGAACUUUGUAAGAAUGGGAAGAUUGAUGAAGCCAAUGGAUUGCUCCAACUAAUGAUAAAUAGAGGUAUUCACCCCAACACAAUUACUUACAAUGCAAUUUUAAGUGGUUAUUGCUUGGCAGGUAGAAUUGAGGAUGCAAGAAAACUAUUUGAUUCCAUGGAAAGUAAGGGGUGUGAGCCUAAUGUUUUUAGCUUCAAUGUUUUAAUGGAUGGUAUGUGCUUGGCAAAUAAAAUUGAUGAUGCUAAGGAAUUGUUUUCUUUGAUGUUGAGUAAGGGAUGCAAACCUGAUGUAGUUAGCUACACUACGUUGAUCAAUUGGUAUUGUAAGAAUCGAAAAGCUGAUGAAGCUAUUUGUGUUUAUAAGGAAAUGACCUCAAAGGGAAUUCAGCCAACAAUCGUUACAUUUAACACCUUGCUAAAAGGUUUUUUCAUGUAUGGUAAAGUUGGACAUGCAAAAAAGCUAUUUGGUGAGAUGCAACUUAGUAAUAUUCCUCCCAAUUUAAUUACGUAUACGUAUAAUAUUCUUAUUGAUGGGUUUUGCAAAAAUGGUUGUGUUUUGGAGGCUGUUGAACUGUUUCAUUCUUUAAGAAACGGAAACAUUCAUCCUGGCAUCUUUACUUUCAAUAGUCUCAUUGAUGGUUUGUGCAAAACAAGAAGACUCAAUAUUGCUUUGGGACUAUUUAACAGAUGGCGCAAUGAAGGAUUUGUUCCAAAUGUUGUGACAUAUAACAUUCUGUUGUAUGGACUUUGUAAAGAAGGGAAGUCGGAGAUGGCAAGUAAUUUGUUAUCAGAUAUGGAACAAAACGGUUGUGCUCCAGAUUUCAUCAGUUUUAGUACUCUUAUGUCUGGUUUCUUGCAAAAUAAUGAGACUUCAAAAGUGGUAGAACUUCUUCACAAAAUGAAAGAGAGAAAUGUAAAGCCAGAUGCAUCCACGGCUUCAAUUAUUCUAGAUUUACUACAAAGGUAUAGAAACUACAGUGAAGUCCUAAAUUUGCUACCAGUGUUCUCUAACCAAGAACCUACGGAUAGUUGAUUGUCAAGUAACUGCAUUUUCUGAGGGAGUACAACUUAUCACAAGAGUCUUGCCAGAUGUCAAAGUUUCUAUGUAAAGGUGGUUUAGCACUCAGGGCUGCUGAUUGAAAUGAUGCUAUUGAAGCAGUGAAGAAAUUGUAUUAACUCUUUUGCAAAUAUUAAUCAUAUAGUGAGGAAGACAGAGAAAGUGUGUGCUUAUUGGGUUGAAAGGAAGUGUGGUUAUGGAGUGAUGUGUAAGUUUUGCAAUCCUGGUUUCCAACUGAGGGUUUUAGGUUGUUGAAGUAGCAUGAAGGCCAGUUGAAGUUAUGUGUGGGGUUGUGUUGCCAUCGGAAUCUUUUAAUCUUUAUCCGGGAAGUCGAGAUGAAACUGUGAGGUUUUGGAAUUGUCUCUGCAUCUGGCUGCGAUUGUUGUUGGUACAAAGAAAAUUUCUUAAGUCACUGAUUAUUUAAUUUGUUUAUUUUAUAAGGGUUGAAAUUAUGGUAGUUUUUAUAUUAUAGAAUUUUUUUGUUAGGAGCAUUUCAACCUAUUAUAAAAGAUUAUGUAUUAGAUAACGAAAUUUUCAUUGAAAAAUUAUUGUGUCCUGAAUUUUACCAAUGGUAAAAUUGUCUGAGUAUUUGCCUC